CCGUGUUUUUUUUUAAAUAUCAGAGUCCGGUCCAUGAAGCUGUUGGUUCCUGGUUCAUGUUUUGCAGUCGUCCCGUCUCCCUUCCCUUUCCACCCCCUCUCUCUCCCUAGGCUGGCGGCGCUUGUUUACUCGACACAGCUAGAAGAAGUUUGCGUUUGGUCUGUUGGUUCGAGGCUUUUCGAUUCCUCCUGGUCGUCUGUUUUUUUUGGUGUUGCAUACCUACUAAAAAAAUAAAUUUCAUUUCAUUUUUAAAGAAGCAUACGAAAGGGAGAAAGAAAAACAAAAAAACGUUGUUGACGAAAAAAUAUUGGGGAAAAAACAAUCACUUUGGAAUGUGUUGAAGCCAAAGGGGAGAAAAAAGCCUUCAAGGAUUUCUGGCGUUGUUGAUCAGUUUUGCGCCUGGUGUUCUGAUAAUUUAUUAAAUAUUUUGAUUGAUAUCUUCCUCUGGUGAAUUGGGCACUUGUGCUGAUUCUUCUUGUGGGGAUAGUCUGCAAUAUUAAAAAAAGAACGCAGGAAACCAGAGGAAAAUCAAGUUUGGAUCAUCUUGGAGAGGAUUUUGUUGCUGAUUGAUUUUCUCAACAGACUGGAUUUUGUUUCUUCCUCUUCUCAGGACCUGGUAAAUGUGACAGGAAAAAAACCCCAAACAAUUCCAUCUUCUUCCAGUGAUAUCAUCGGGCUAAAAGGAAAUUACAACAAAAAAAAGGCAGUUUGAGGAUGAAAUAAAAGCGAAGGAAAUGAGGGCUUUCUUGUAUUGGGCAGUGAAGCCACAACCUUUUCAACUCAAAUGUGAUUUCCAGAGAAGAUUUUGUCUUUGAAGAAACAAAAGAUUGCAGAAAGCUUUUUCAGUUGUUGUGGAAAAAAAUAAUCCUACAAAGAAAUAAGAGGGAAAAAAGCUGCAAAACCUCUAACAAACUCUCUCGAAAAAGACUGGAGAAAAAGGAACGAUUAAUCUCAUUUCCCUCUCUCAUGGACAAAGUGAAGGAUUUGAUCCAGCCUAACUGUCAAGAUCACUUUAUUUAAUCUUGUCGAAAGAGAAUUCAAGAUUUUUUUGUGCUGGGGAAAGUUGUACUUUUAUUUGCGAGAUAUUUUUCUUCCUUCUCUUUCCACCCCUAAGUAUCCCCGAAAAAAAUCUAAAAAGAAAACAAUUUUUAUUGCUGGUUGCCCUUCAACCCAGCGUUUUGUUUUAGUUUUUAUUCUGUUCUAUCCAAGGAUUGUGUGUGUUUGGGGGGGAGGGGGGUGUGGGAGUUAAUUUGAAGUAGGAAGAUUCCAGACCCAGAAUGGGGAUAAAGACUUUGAUGUUAGCCUUGGUGACUCUCUUCAUUCUGGCCAAUACUGGCCCAACAGAAUCAAAAAUUUGUCAAAGCAUAGAUAUUCGAAACAACAUCACACACUUGGAACGACUAAGGAACUGCACUGUUAUCGAGGGAAGUCUGCAGAUCCUGCUGAUGUUUGGCACAAAAUCUGAGGAUUUCCGUGGUCUGAGCUUUCCAGAACUCACCAUGAUAACUGAUUACUUGCUUCUGUUUCGUGUCUAUGGCCUGGAAAGCUUGAAAGACCUCUUCCCAAACUUGACUGUGAUUCGAGGGACACGUCUCUUCUUCAACUAUGCGCUGGUCAUCUUCGAGAUGCUGCACUUCAAAGAAAUUGGCCUGUACAACUUGGUGAACAUCACCCGGGGUGCUGUACGAAUUGAAAAGAACCCAGAACUUUGCUAUCUGUCUACGCUUGAUUGGUCAAAGAUUCUCGACUCAGUGGAGGAUAAUUACAUCAAGUCCAAUAAAGAUGACAGAGAGUGUGGCAACGUGUGCCCAGGCACGCUGAAAGGGAAGACCAAUUGUCCCCAGACCGUCUUCAACGAUCAGUUUAACCACAGAUGCUGGACGAGUGAACAUUGCCAAAGAGUUUGUCCUCCUGAGUGCCGUCGGAAAGCUUGCACUCCCAGUGGUCAUUGCUGCCACGACGAAUGCUUGGGCAGCUGUACAGAACCAGGCAAUGCAGCAAAGUGCGUGGCAUGCCGGCACUACUAUUACAAAGGCAGGUGUAUCCCCGACUGUCCUCUUGGCACCUACAGGUUUGAGGGCUGGCGCUGUGUGAACUUCUCCUUCUGUCAAAUGCUACACAACGAAUGCAAACCUUCCAAGGAGACCGAAUGCAUUGGUCAUGUCAUCCACAAUGGAGAAUGUAUGUCUGAGUGCCCAUCAGGAUACAUAGUGAACUCUACCAGCCUUCUUUGUACGCCUUGUACUGGUCUGUGUCCAAAGAUUUGCUCCGUGAAUGUAAAGACUAUAGAAUCUGUGACAGCUGCUCAAGACCUGCGAGGCUGCACCAUCAUCAAAGGCAGCUUGAUCAUCAAUAUCCGUGGAGGAACCAAUAUUGCAGCAGAGUUGGAAGCAAACCUAGGUCUAAUUGAAGUAAUCACUGGCUACCUGAAGAUCCGCAGCUCCUAUGCUUUGGUGUCACUAUCUUUUUUCCGCAGCCUGCAUUUGAUCCAAGGUGAAACUCUGGAACCUGGGAAUUAUUCCUUCUACGUAUUGGACAAUCAGAACUUGCAGCAACUGUGGGAUUGGGAAAAGCACAACCUGACUAUUGCCCAGGGCAAAAUGUUCUUCCACUACAACCCCAAGCUAUGCCUGUCCGAAAUAUACAAGAUGGAGGUGGCUACAGGGACCAAAGGGCGACAGCAAAAAAUGGAUAUUGCUCAAAAAACUAAUGGAGACCAGGCAUCAUGUGAAACCCAGCUCUUGAAGUUUGUUUACAAUAAAACUACAACUGAUAAGAUUGUGUUGAAGUGGGAGUCCUUUUGGCCACCAGACUUCAGAGACCUCUUGGGUUUCAUGGUAUUCUUCAAGGAGGCCCCUUAUCAGAACGUGACUGAAUUUGAAGGGCAAGAUGCCUGUGGAACAAACAGUUGGAAGGUGGUAGAUGUGGAGCCUCCGGGGCGAUCAGAUGGGAGAACGAUUACUCCAGGGACGCUGCUUCUUGGCCUCAAACCCUGGACACAGUAUGCAAUCUUUGUCAAGACCCUACUCACGAUAAGCGAUGAGAGACACAAUCAUGGAGCCAAAAGUGAAAUCGUCUACAUUCGCACCACAGCAGGCAUUCCUUCAGUGCCACUGGAUCCAAUAUCUGUGUCCAACUCCUCUUCCCAGAUCAUCUUGAAGUGGAAGCCCCCAACAGAUCCUAAUGGUAACAUCACCCACUACCUGGUGUUCUGGCAGCAACAGCCAGAGGACAGUGAGCUGUACGAGUUUGAUUACUGCCAGAAGGGAUUAAAAUUGCCAUCUCGAGCAUCUACGACUCACAGUGAACCUGAGGAUGUCCAGAAGCAAAACCAGACUGACGUUUGUCAGGUCUUAGGUGAAUGCUGCGCCUGUCCAAAAACAGAAUCACAGCUCAAAAGGGAAGCUGAGGAAGCUGCCUUUCAGAAGAGGUUCGAAAACUACCUGCACAAUGAGGUUUUCAUGAUAAGACCUACACCUCAAGAGAGUGAUACUAAGGACAGUAGACCUUCACGGAAACGCAGGGAACUGGGAACCUUGUCGAAUAGCAGCAUUCUAGAAGUGACUACGCCUACCUCCAUCGGUAAUGCAUCAGCAACAAGAUUACCAGAGGAAGAGUAUCCAAUAUUAUCAGAGAAGGUGUGGAUGAAGGAGUCUCUGGUGAUCUCCAACUUGCGUCAUUUUUCAGGAUAUCGAAUUGAAAUUCAUGCGUGCAACCAUGACGCAGAAACUGUGGGAUGUAGUGUUGCAGCUUAUGUUAGUGCACGAACCAUGCCCGAAGCAAAUGCUGAUGACAUUGUGGGUCCAAUCACACACAAGGUUUUCGAUAAAGUGGUUCAUAUCAAAUGGGAAGAGCCAAAGAAUCCAAAUGGUCUCAUUGUGUUGUAUGAAGUAAAUUACAAACGUCUUGUGGACUCUGAAGAAAUGCAGCAGUGUGUGUCUCGUAAAAGAUACCUCGCUGAGCAAGGCUGCAAACUGAAAGUGCACCAUCCUGGGAACUAUACUGUGAAAGUACGAGCUACAUCACUGGCCGGAAAUGGCUCUUGGACAGAGGCAUUCUCCUUCUGUAUUCAAGAUUCAAACACGAAUCAUAAUACUGAUAUUUACAAGAUAAUUGGGCCAUCAAUCCUCGCCAUUCUGCUUGUCAUCGUAGUUCCAGUUGUCUUUUUGGUAGUGAAGAAAAGGCGAACAGAAUUGCCUACAGGAAUGUUUUACACUUCUUCAAAUCCAGAAUACAUUAGUGCCAAUGAUGUCUACAUUCCAGAUGAAUGGGAGGUUGCACGCGAUAAGAUAGAGCUGCUGAGAGAGCUGGGGCAAGGUUCCUUUGGUAUGGUCUAUGAAGGGAAUGCAAAGGAUAUCGUGAAGGGAUACCCAGAUACACGUGUGGCAGUGAAAACUGUAAAUGAGUCAGCCAGUCUUCGAGAGCGCAUUGAGUUCCUGAAUGAGGCAUCAGUGAUGAAGGCGUUCAGCUGUCACCAUGUGGUCCGUUUGCUUGGUGUUGUAUCGAAGGGGCAGCCUACGCUGGUUGUCAUGGAAUUGAUGAUCCAUGGGGAUCUGAAGAGUUACUUGCGCUCAUUACGCCCAGAUGCUGAGAUUAACCCAGGCCGCCAGCCACCUACCCUGAAGGAGAUGAUCCAGAUGGCAGCUGAAAUUUCAGAUGGAAUGGCUUACCUUAACGCCAAAAAGUUUGUCCACAGAGAUCUGGCAGCUCGAAACUGCAUGGUGGGAGAGGAUUACACAGUUAAAAUUGGAGAUUUUGGAAUGACCAGAGACAUUUAUGAGACAGACUACUAUCGUAAAGGUGGAAAAGGGUUGCUGCCUGUGCGGUGGAUGGCCCCAGAAUCCCUGAAAGAUGGAGUAUUUACUACGUAUUCUGAUGUUUGGUCAUUUGGAGUUGUGCUUUGGGAGAUCAGCACUCUAGCAGAGCAACCAUACCAGGGACUAUCAAAUGAGCAAGUUCUUAAAUUCGUAAUGGAUGGAGGCUUUUUGGAUCGGCCAGAAAACUGUGCUGAUAGACUACACACCCUGAUGCAGAUGUGUUGGCAAUACAAUCCAAAGUCAAGACCCUCUUUUGUGGAGAUCAUUGGGAUGCUCAAAGACGAUCUUCACCCAAGUUUUCGUGAUGUCUCCUUCUACUACAGUGAGGAUAACAAGCCUCCUGAUACGGAAGAAUAUGACAUGGAUUUUGAGAAUAUGGAAAGCAUUCCGCUUGACCCUUCUUCUUACUCACAGACAGAAACCCCGCUUAGUCACAGCCGAGACAAUGGGCCCACCAUGGGCCUGAGGGGCAACUAUGAUGAACAUAUACCAUACACCCACAUGAACGGAGGCAAGAAGAAUGGGCGAAUAUUGUCCUUGCCAAGGUCAAGCCCUUCGUAACAUUUCCUCUACCUCCCAUUUCUUUAUCAUUUUCAUGUAUUGGGCCCUUAGAAUCUCAGGACUCAAUUAUGGCUGCCACAGUUUGCCACAUAGGGAAAAGGACCUUCAUUCGUCUAAAAGAAAUCAUUUUUCUGCCAAGUGGCUGGUUAUGUAAAUGAAUCAAACUGUGAAGAGACAAAGAAAACUCGCGCAUAUUCUAUAACUGUAGAAAUAUAUACACGUUCAUAUGGUGAAUACAUGUACAUACAUCAAGCAGACAUACAGCUGUACAUAACAUAUGUACAUAUAUAUAUUCUGAUACACAGGCAUGUAUGCACAUCCACACAUUUGUACACAGACAUGCACACACAUCUGCCAGAAUCAUAUCAGUGGUUCAUUUCUAAGGCUGUAUCAACAUCCCUGUCCCAGCCAGGAAGUGACCUUUACAACUUUCUUCUGUGGAGCGCUUGAGGCUGAGUUUAGGCCUGAUCUUGAGGGAGGGAAGGGAAAUAGUGGUGGGGCAAAAUUUCUACAGAUGGAAACAAAAAAACCAUCUACAGUAUAAAAUGACAGAAAUCCAAUUUAGUUUUCCUGACAUGAAUAUUUUAACAGUGGGAAUCUUGCGGAUCAGAAAAUCAAAAGUAAACUGAAAUCUUCUGCCAAAUUCCAACUCUAGCAUUGAUAUAUACCUUAAGAAAAAAAAUCAUGGUUGGAAGUUAUUUUAGACACAAUGGUUGGAUAACAGUUCCUCAGACCAAUAGCUGCUGUUUUUUUCCUUUCUUUUGUGAGUUUUGUUUUGUGCAAAAUUGAUGCUUGCUGUAUUCUCUCCUCUCCAAGAAAGGCUUUGCAGAAAUGAAAAGUGUGCCUCUGAGGGCCAGUGCUCCUUGUGAUGCAAUUUGGUUUUAUAGAAUUUGGACCAGUGCAAGUGAUUUCUUUGUUAACAUCUGGCACAAGGGCAUUUGUCAGGGAGCAAAGAAUUUACAAAAACUAAGCUCUGGGUUUCAGAUUCUGCUUUUUGCUCUUCACAGACCUCUUUUAAAGCUUUAUGUGACUAGAGACAGUAUGAGUCAGGGGGUUGACAUCAGCAAGCAAACGGUCUAGCCUUAAAAAUCAAUACUCUGUGUGACUAGUUUCAAAGGGCCUAGCUAGUAGGAGGAAAGGAUGAAGUUUUCAUCACACAUUCUGUCUCAGUUUGUGUUGGUAAGCAGUGAAGGAAUCGUUGUUGGACAGGUAGGUGCAGGGAACUGGAAAGGACAUGUUUCAGAUGACUUCAGGGCUCACGUAGUCAGCUGCUAUUCUCCUUGGACUGAAAAGAGAGAACUACAAAGUGGCUGAAGUGCCAAAUUUCAAAACAAAAGUUAGCACAUUCAUGUAGCAAUGUAAACUCAAUUCAAUUUGCUUUUUAAGCUUCCUUUUAUCUGGUACAAUGAACUGGCAUUCCAAACUCACAUAGGAGUUGGAGAGGCUAAAGGAGGAUUGGUCAGCGUGAAAGCAGCAUGGAAUGAAUUAUUUUCCAAUAUAACAAUGGAUGAAUAAUGCUAUAUAUCAUGUUCAUGAUUCUUAACUUUGUCCUCAGUUCAGGAGCAAUUAGGAAUGGCAUUGCUAUCAAAGUCCAAAUCCUGUAAAUGAAUAAAUAAAGACAUCAAUGCUGGGUCUUGUCAAGAACACUAAGCCCAGUGGCUCACAGACACUUGGCCAUCUGUAACCAUCCUCAACUUUAUCCAAAGCCUUACCAUUAAAAUUGUAUUCACCUGGUGGUGGACAGGAUGGAUUCCUUCCUUGUGCUUCACUCCAUUAAUUUAAGGGUCUGAGCUUUAAAACUUCUUAAACUGCUUUCCCAUGGGAGCUGGGAAAGGAACUUGUGCUGAUCCUAAUUUCACAACAAUCGUGGCCAGUCCAUAAAUUAAGAUAAAUGCUGAUGGUGUGAGCUGAUCUUGAACUCCAGCUCCUUGUAAGUUUAGGCUGGUAGUCUGGAGGGAAGGAAGUCUUGUAAGGGUAGUGAAUGUCAGUUUCACUACUCUUGCCCUCUGCAAGGUUGACUAACUCAUGUUGGCAUUGAAAAUCUGAAUGGUUAUUGCCAAACUAAAUUACAAGUCCACAUUAAAUGUUAAUACUUUCAGUAUUUACCCCGUCAGCGUGAGCUUUUUUUUUUGCCAAAGUACAGUUUUGCAUGUCCUAGAACUCCCAAGUUUUACUUUAUCAUGAGAUUUUGAAAAUUUAAACUUCAGUCAUAUCCCUCUGGAGAGGAAUAAUCUUCUUCAGUUUACAAGUAUGCCAGUCACCUCAUUGGUCACCAGAUCUUUGUUGCUGAUCCCCACCAGGAGCUGUUAUUUCGUACAAGUCAACAUGAUGAUUUGCUCUUCUGAGAUCCCACUGUCCUCACCACCCACUCCUCUCUCUGACACACCCUGGCCACCCAAAGAGGCUUUUCUCUGAAUUGCCUGCCCACUUCACAACCACUUGUGUGCACUUGGAAUGAAACAAAGCCUUUUCUGUCAGGCUUCUGUGGUUUACCCUUUGGCUGCUAAGCUAGUUAGGGACAUGAAGCUCAAAUCCCCAAAGCUGCUGUCAUCUUAAUCAGUGAUUGAAUAGGAUUUAAUUACCUUCCUCCUUAAUCUGCAACAGCAAUGUAUUUGGAUAAAAAUUGACCACAUCCAUAAAUAUUAAUUACAUUCUGCCUCCUUGUUAAAUAUGCAGUCCACAGAUGUUAUCAGCUGGAUGGGAAUUUCAGGAAUUUCGGGUGGGGAGAAGGUAACAAUUCGAGCGUGGAGAAGGCAAGCAAUUUGCCACUGUUGAAAUUACACACCAAAUGGGAAAUUGUGGCCAGUUUCAAGGGGAUGUUUUAACUUCUUUCAAUUGAGAGUGUUUAUUUAUUUUCAACCAUCCCUAUAGUGUCUUUCAAAGUAUUUUUUACACUGCUUCUCUCAACCUGCCGUUCCAUAUUGAAAGUAACUGGCCUGGUCUCACAGGCAGGCAGGUCACUUACAAUGUGACCAUGAGAGAUAGGAGGAACGAGAGAACUGGCACUUCAGGACUAUAGGAGGCUGACAUUUAUUGCCUGCCCCAGUUUGCACUCCACCCCCCAGAUGUAAGCCACCUUCUUGAACCACUGCAGGGUUGGCUGGGAGGUGGCAAGUUGCAGGAUUUUGACCCCAUAAGCCAGGAAGGGAGUUGUGCUGUUCAGAUCAGGGAUAUUCAUCAACAAAUCAUGCUGUCAGUCAGAAGGAAAGGCAGUAGCUGUCCAUACUCAUUGAGAGCUUUAAAUCAUCUGUCAAGGCUGGCUUAAAGCCUGAAUAACGGAGAGAGGAGAAUGACUAAUAAAAACAGAAGAUACUGAAAAAGUUCAGCCAGUCCAGCAGCCUCUGGGGAGAGGGAGUGUUUCAGGUCAUUGAUCUUUUAUCAAGUGAACCAAAGGUAAAGGAGAAAGGCAAGAGAAGUGUGGCUAGUGAUUGAGGCCUUUUAGAUGUACAAUUGUGUUGCCUUUUGGGUGGGACAGAGUCUAUAGUGAGUCUGGGAGGAAAAUAACAAGAUUAUUAAUAGAAAUUGUU